AGCAACAACAGGUAGUUAAAGCCCAGAAAAGACUUUAAAACGACGUCGCUUGUAUUGUUCCAACGUCAAUGGGUGCAUUGGGAGUAAUGCUGCUUCCGCUUCAUCAGAUGAAAUUCGGCAAAAGGUGCAGAUCACCCCCUAAACUCACCAACUGGUGGCAAAUCACCCCCUCAACCCCAACUGGUGGCAAAUCAACCCCUCAACUCACAUGCAGUGGCAAAUCAGCCCCUUUCUUAACCCUUCCGUUAACACUUAAUGGAGGAAACAACUUGCCCUCAGCGGGUGACUUUCGGUCGGAUGUCAAAGACGCUACCAUUGAAAUAAUCCAGUAUUUGUAUCUCCACGAUUCCCCGUUCACCAUCAAUAUCUACCCUUUCCUCAGUCUCCAUGGAAACAAUCAUUUCCCUAUUGAGUUUGCUUUCUUUGAUGGUGAAAGCACACGGGUUAAGGACAGUGACCGGAUUUACACGAACGUGUUCGACGCGAACCUGGAUACUCUGGUUUCAGCCCUGGACAAAAACGGAUUCUCCAAUAUGACGAUUAUCAUCGGAGAAGUUGGUUGGCAAACAGAUGGAGACAAAAACGCGAACACCCAGAAUGCAAGGAGAUUCAACCAGGGUUUGCUCGAACAUGCUAUGAGCGAGAACGGAACCCCAGCUCGGGGUGGCCCAAUUAAUGUCUACCUCUUUAGCCUAAUCGACGAGAACGCCAAGGACAUUAAUGCCGGAACCUUCGAGAGGUAUUGGGGAAUCUUCGAGUUCGACAGAAAACCCAAAUACGAACUGGAUUUAACGGGAAAGAACGGAAACAAAGGUCUAGCUGCAGUGGAGGGGGUAAGCAUCCACCUCAGCAAAAAGAAGGCCACGUCAAACACAGAGGAAGGGCUGAUGAGCGGACCGUUAAGUGUUAACGGAAGGGUUAAGAGAGGGGCUGAUUUGCCACUGCAGUUCGAUCCAUCAUCAUCUCCUUUACUCCGCACGAAGCAGGAAGGGAAGAACAGAGCAGAAAAAAGGGCGAUGGUGAGAGUGGCGACAUACUUCGCAAUGACACUGGGUGCCUUCAUUUUCUGGCAAUCCAUGGAGAAAGUCCAUGUUUGGAUCGCUCUUCAUCAAGACGAAAAGACAGAAAGAUUGGAGAAGGAAGCGGAGAUCAAGAGAGUCAGGGAAGAGCUGCUUCGACAAGCCAGAGAGAAUGAUAAACUUGCUUGAUCUUUCGUUGCUGGAGGCUUUCUGUAUCUUGAAUUGUUUUAAAUUUAGACUUUUAUGGGAAUGCGGAAAGCAUAAAAUCACGUAUGAGAAGAUAACCAUGAGUGCCAUGGGCAAAAUUGUUGUUUCCUUCUGCUUUUAUUAAAUGCAAUUUAGCAUCAUCUUUUAUAAGAUAAUGGAAUUUACUGCUUAUUCUGUUUGUAGUUUGUAUCCUAUGUGUGCAUCUUUUAGUGACAUUUGAGUUUGUUCUACAUGAUCAAGAAAAUUAAUUUGAAGAUCUGCCCUUGGAUGAGAAGAAAUGAUACAUGGUAUGCUGUACUGGACUUUUUUAGAUGUGCUAUCACCUUGCUUCUCUUUAUAAGAUAAUAAGCAAGUCCUUAUCUAGACUAAGUUGUUCCAUUUCUCCAGCUGUUGUUUUCUGUCUACUAUCAAGCUGGGAGAAGAAAUGCUUGUAUUGUUCUGGAUAUUGUCAAACUAACCCCAAUUCAUAUAUUUGUUUAAACCUGGAAAAUAAGAUUCACCAAUUGCACAUAAAUUUCAGUUAACAUU